AUGCCAGCAUGGUGUGUGGCCCCCGAGGUUCUCCGCCAUUUAAAAAAUCGCGCCCAUCAAAUCCCACACGCCGAUGCUGUCCAGAUUAGCGAGAAGUUGGACCAGGCGUUGGUUGGAAUACCCGUACAACCUGAUGGUUUAUUAUGUCGGCGGGAUUCCCCGGGCUGUCAGUACAUAGGAAGAACAAUUGAGAAUAUGCGAAAGCACUGGCGCACCACCCAUGGAUGGUCCCAGUAUCCGCAUGGUGGUCGAGUAAGCCGUGACGAGCGCGUGCGUGCAGAUGCUGAGCUGCAGCGAUCCUUUAUAUCUGUGACAUGCCAGCAGAUAUUCCCAUCGCGCAAAGGAUCGCAUUAUAUUCACAUCCGCAAUCCAAAUGAGAACGACGAACCGGCGAUCCCCACAGAUGAUAUCCAGGUUGCUGUCCAGGAGCUAGAGAACGCGUGGAAGGAGGCGCAGUCCACGCCGAGUACAAUUCAGGCAUCUGAUAUUACCGACGCCAACCCAUGGCUGCGCAUGACCCGGUGGUCCGAGUAUUUAGAAGGAAUCGCACCAAAGGAUCUAUUCCACAGGCCUGGGGCGGAUGUUGGUAGAGUCUGGUUAGGGUCGGAUAACAGUGGGGCGAGGAUCGUGCGCUGA